AAGCAUCACGCGUACUGCUCGGGACGACGUCCAACUUUCUUCCUUUGGGAAAAGAAAAAGAAAACAACCGCAACUUGUUUUUGCGGGUGUUUGGCUCCGGAUUGCUUACUUUCUCGAGUUGAAAUAUUAAUAUCGUGGCAUCAUAAGACAUUCAUGCAUGGGAUGCUUUUGGGGUAAAAAAAAAAAAAAAAAAAAAAAAGAUUUGCAUGAGUUAAGUUGCGCUGUGCGCAAAGGAGGGGCGCAGCGUGCCCAAGUGAGCGAACGCCGCGGGAUGAAACGGCACCAAGGAUGUCAACCUUGCUUUGCCACCCACACGAAAUCGAUUGUAUUACCCCCAAGAAGCCGACUGCUCCACAUAUAAAUAGAGACGGGAGAAUAUUGCUCCAAAGCCGGUGUUGAACAAGAAGAUCGAGCUCGCUGCAACCAGGACCAAGUUUAUUCGAGGAAGUCAGCUGUGUCCACUCAACACUGUAUCAUGCAGGUGGAGAGGAAAUGGCACAUACUCUUGACUUUCCUCCUUCUGCUCAUCACCUCCGGCCAGUGUGUGGACAACAAGGAGGUCAAGCAGGAGAGAAGAGCCCUGUUGGAUUUAAUCCUACAGGUGAUCAGAUACAGACAGCAAUGGAACAAACACAUUUCCAGGCGUUGCAGUGGGGAACUCUUCACGUCCCUUCAAGACUUGAGGUUGUCCUCCCGUGAAAAGCCUCUGUACGUUCCCAGGAUGGAUAACAGUAAACUCAUAGAAAUUGUUCCCCGAGAUCUAAACAUGAAACACAAGUUCAUUCAGCACUUCACAGCAGGACCAGUCAAGUUCUCAUCGGAAUGCAGAACACAUUUUGACAGACUUUAUCACAACACAAGAGAUUGCUCAAGACCAGCAUAUUACAAAAGAUGCGCCAGAUUGCUGACACGAUUAGCAAUGAGUCCACUCUGCGCACAAUCCUAGAUAUGUCCCAACAUGAUGGAGGAACGUUUUGCCAAGAAAGUGCCUUCAAAUAUACCCGAACAUUGUUGCUGUUAAUAAUGUUUUCUUUUGCUACUGCUAAUGUUUUUAUUUUGCUACUACUACUUGACAUUACCAUAAAUGCUAUUUGACAUGUUGAAUAAUUUCACAUGGAUUUUUUUUUUCCCUCAGUAUUUCAUAUCCUAGCACAUUGACUGCAAUAUUAAUUAUUAUGUGUUAUAUUAAUUUAAUAUUUGACAUAUUAGGAAGGUGUGUGCUGUAUACAUUUUCCACCAGAGUUGAAUUAUUUUGCUUAUGAUGGCAAAGAGAAAGUUUUUUCCUUUCUGCUUAUGACUGAAGUCCCCUAUUAUUGUUACUAUAACUCUAAGUCUGCCUUGUAUCAUUUGUCAUACUCUUCUCUUCAUCACCUUUUUAUUUGGCACUUGAGUGAUUGCUCACUAUGAGAACCUGGAGAAUGACAACAAAAUUGAUAACACUGCACUAUUGAACAAUAAAGACUAUUGAAGCAGAGCAUAAA